GACCCAAUCAUCACGCUGAAAGUCAAAAACACCGCUGGUGGUACUGAUAACAUUCAUGUUCACCAAAGUGUCCUUUGCCAGAGCUCAAGUUUCUUUCAAAACGCCAUGAAAAAGGAGUGGGCUGGCUCGAAAGAUAAACCCCAUGUCAUCAAUCUUCCUGAGGAUUGCACGGAAACGGUCAAAAUAUACAUUGAAUGGCUUUACUCGAAUGAAAUUCCAGCCAAGCUAUACAUGACGCACAAAGCAAACAAAAGUAAUGGUGAACAGGAGGCCAGAGAAGCGGAGAAAAACUUCAUUGUGCUUGCGAAAGCAUACAUCUUCGGAGAAAAGAUCAUCGAUUCAGUUUUCACGGAAGAGGUCUCGGAGAAGAUGCAAGAGAUCCUAGCUACCAGUAUGGGCUGGCCUACAGCAGAGUGUGUCAAGAUGAUUUACGAAUGGACCCCUUCGAAUUCUCCACUUCGGCGUUUGAUUACUUCAAACCUUGAAGAUACGUUGUGGGAAGACGAACUGAAUAGCGGUAUUCUUGAUUUUCUUGAUACGUAUCCUCAACAAGCUCUGGUAGAUGCAUUGAAAGCCAUAGUUGGAACGCGCCCGCCCCCCUGA